UUACUACAUCUCCCUCCAAAAUUCUCCGUACGCACAUUUAUCCUCUCCUGCAAUUUGCGAUAGGGCUAGGGUUUAGCGAUUCGAUUUGAGCAAAAUCCUAGGGUUUAUCGGCAUUCGAUUCAAUUGUAAAGAAUAAGACACGACAACCUGUUAGAUUUCGAUGGCGAGAGCCAGAAGCCGGAGCCGGAGUUACAGCCCCCGUCGCCGAAGCCGUUCGCCACCGCGCGAGCGGGAGCGCUACGAUGAGGAUCGCCAUCGCGGACGCCGGUCUUCUGGCGACCACGAUUCAUCCGAUCCCUCCGGUUUGCUCAUCCGUAAUCUCCCUCUUGACGCCAGGCCGAAUGAUCUCAGGAAACCUUUCGAAAGGUUUGGUCCUCUGAAGGAUAUAUAUCUCCCAAAGAAUUAUUACACUGGGGAGCCAAGAGGCUUUGGAUUUGUGAAGUUUCGGUAUCCUGAAGAUGCAGCCGAGGCAAAACAACGAAUGGACCACAAAGUUAUUGGUGGGCGCGAGAUAAGUAUCGUUUUCGCUGAGGAAAAUCGAAAAACUCCUCAAGAAAUGCGCACAAGUAACCGUACGAGUUCUCGAUCUGGAGGCUAUAACAGGACUUCGUUCAGAUCACCGAGGCGUAGACAUCGCUCUCACUCAAGCUCGCCUUCUCCUGCAAGGCGAGACCCGAGGCAUAGGGAAGUAAGAGCCGACUCUUCACCCUCUCCACGAAGGUCGAGAUCAAUGUCACGUUCCCGUUCGCCUAGGGACAAUGGAUCAAACCACAUGACCCGAAGCCCGCAGCGAAACAAACGCAGCCCCCGAGAGGAGAGGGACCUUACUCCAAUCAGGACACGCAGUCCGUCGAGGUCCCACUCUCAAUCCAUCAGUCCUCGGUAGAUCUGUUGUCGGAGAUGGAUGGAUUUGUGAAUGCUCUUUGGCUUUGGCUUGUGAAAGCAUGGUUCGGACCAAAGGUCUUGGAAACGCUUAGGUGUGGACAAAGUAUUGAGUUUUUGGGGUUCCUGCUAAGAUGCGUUCUGCUCUGUGCCAUGGAUUGUUACUUCUCUGUCUUUUCUUUUUCGGUUCUUGCUUUUGUGUUUCCCGAAUUCACUGUUUGAAUUAUCUUCCUGAAGACAACUUCACGUGUUUUUCUUUCUGCUGAAUUAGUUUUGAUUUUGUUUUUGUAAAAGUUUGCCUUCAUUAGUUCCGAUUUGUAUAAUA